GAGGUUUGUGACGGUAAAUAUGCGGAACAGCAGACUUUAAGGGAGAGUCAUGAGAUACAAUGGACUGGGAGAAACUUGAACUGAAUCCAAAGAUUAUUGCUGCUUUAAAAAGAGCCAAUGUGAACUCAGCAGAAAAGAUUCUGAGUCUUCCGGCUCCUGAUCUGCAGAGACUCCUUCACCUCUCUGACUCUGAGGUCCAGCUGGUGCAUACUGCAGUAGCAGCUCUUUACCGCUCAGUCCCACCUGUUACAGCUUUACAGCUGAUACGUGGAGAAUUCCCAUCGUUGGAGCCUGGACAUAGGCUUUCAUUUGCUUGUCCUGUUUUGGAUGGUCUCUUGCAUGGUGGCCUUCCACUGCAUGGGAUAACGGAGUUAGCAGGCGAGAGUGCUGCUGGAAAGACCCAGUUCGGUCUGCAGCUCUCUUUGUCCGUCCAGUACUCACGCGAGCAUGGGGGACUCGGGGCAGGAGCUGUAUAUAUCUGCACUGAAGAUCCUUUUCCCAUCAAACGGUUGAGGCAGCUAAUUACCCAGCAGUCUCGGCUUCGCCCAGAUGUUCCACCGGCUCUGAUCCGCAGCAUCCGCUUCAGUGACAACAUCUAUAUCGAACACACUGCAGACCUGGAAGCCCUGCAGAGGUGUGUGACACAGCGAUUGCGCACGCUGCUGGAGCGAGGUCUAGUACGCCUCAUCGUGGUGGACUCAGUGGCUGCUCUGUUUCGUAGUGAGUUCCAGGCUGAUGAGGCCAUAGAGAGAGCACGUCACCUACUGGCCUUCUCUGCCACACUACAUCGACUCAGCCAUACAUACAGCACACCUGUUUUCUGCAUUAACCAGGUGUCAGAUGUUGUGGACGGCCCAAACCCAAGCCGCUGUGAUUAUGGCCUGGUGGAAAGUAAGGUGCUCCCUGCUCUGGGUAUUAUUUGGGCCAAUCAGGUGAUGGUGCGUCUCAUGCUGAGGAGACAGGAACGCUGUUUGAGAUCAGGGGAGCAGACCAGCGCUGCUCGCGAAUUAGAGGUGGUUUUCGCUCCUCAUCUGGCUCGAGCGAGCUGCCUGUGUGGAGUCUGGGAAGAAGGAGUUAAAGGAAUAGCCCGAGAAGGAGUCGUCGAAUAGUCUCAGGCGGUGCCAACUUAAACAAAGGAUUAGAGCAAAGAAUGAGAGAUUCUCAGGUGGUGAUGGACUCCAUUAUCUGAGGAGAAAUAUUCAAAUAAUUACACAAAUCCGUUGUUUUAUUGCACCAGUAGAAUACAAAUAGACUAAGU